UUAAAAUCUUUGGAGGCUUUGGAGUAGCAGAAAUAAAAAUCCAUGAAGCAAAGAAAAGUGAGAAGAGACGAGUCACAGUGAACUGUAGAAUAGAGAAGAAGUACGUUGACGACGUGACAGAAGUGCUGGGGAUCUUCAUCUUCUACCAGCCGCUGUGGAUGGUACCCCAAGCACGCGUCCUCCUGGCAGGGCUUACAAAGACCAAAGUGUGGACAGAUCCCUACAACAUCCGAAUGUUCCCACAGUUCUCAGCAAUGCUGAAGGCGAAAGAUGCGAGUGGCAACUUGGGGCUAGGUGAAGAAGCAAACUUUACUCUAAACAUUCCUCUCGACGAAUGCGAUGCCCUUCCGGGAAACUUCCAGUGUGCAAUGGCGGCUAAAGUGGAAGGACAAGCAAAGCAUCCGGACCAUAAACAUUCAGAAAUAGAGACAGAAAUAAUUCGAGCUGUUUUCAAACUGCAAAGAUUAGCAGUAGCAAAACAUACGAAAAAAUGCAAUUUUAAACUAAAGGCUGAUGCAUCUGUGUCGAUGACUAAAAUGUCAUCGAACUGGGACUGGAGUGCGUUGAAAAGAGCUGACGGAAUUAGUAUAAGUCCAGCCGUCUACUGGAUGAUGGCUGCAGUUAUGUUAGUAAGGAUCACCUGUUAAAACGUGAAACAUAAUUUACUGAUUAAGUUGAAAGUGUCGUCAGCAAGUGCAUGAAGAAAGUUAUGCUUUAUUGAAACACUGAGAAAUUCCUUCU